AUGCAGAAUUUUACGCAGCACCCACAAUUUACAGAGCAAGAAAAAUUGAAAUGCCCCAGAUGCGACUCAAUCAACACCAAGUUCUGCUACUACAACAACUACAAUCUCUCUCAGCCCCGCCAUUUCUGCAAGAGCUGCCGGAGGUACUGGACCAAAGGCGGCGCCUUGAGGAACAUCCCGGUUGGAGGCGGCUCCAGGAAGAACGCCAAGCGCGGCACGGCCGCCGCCGCCAAGCGGUCGGUUCCUCCGGAGGAGAGCGAGGCAUCGCUGCCCCGAAAUAGCGACGGCUCAGGUGAGAGGCAGUCUGGUAAUUUGCCGGAAUUUGGUGGGCAGGGCGGGGCGGGGCCCCUGAAGCCGGACGAUUUCAGGCAGGGGCAGUUGGGUAAUUUGACGGAGGCCGCCGGCGGGAUUGGGAGGAGCGAGGCGCUGCCCCUGAUGCUCGACGAUUUCGGGCAGGGGCAGUUCGGUAUUCUGGCGGAGGUGAGGGGCGGUUUCAGCUCGCUGCUAGUGGGCUCGUCCGGCGGGGCCCAGUUUGGUGGUUUGCUUGAUGGGCUGGGGCCCAUUGGGCCCAGCUUGCAUACGAGCGAUCUGUUUUGUAAUCCGGGCUCGGGUCAGGAUGUGGAUCCUCAAGCUGAUGGGUUCUUGAACAUUGGCGGCAGCGGGGAUGGUGGCAGCUGGGGGCGCCGCGGCGGCGGCUGGCCUGAUCUUGCUAUUUAG